AUGGCCGGAAUUGACGGGAUCCAAAAUCGAAUUCACCCAGGAGAUCCUUUGGACAAAGACAUCUAUGGACUCCCGCCGCAAGAAGCUGCGAAAGUUCCCUCUGUUCCCCCCACCCUCGAUCAGGCUUUACAAAAUCUGACGCAAAAACAUGACUUCCUACUCAAAGGAGAAGUGUUCAGCAAGGAUUUCAUCGAGAAUUGGAUUUCGUACAAGACGGAAAAAGAAGUUAUUCCGAUGCAAAUGCGACCGACUCCUUACGAAUUCCACAUGUAUUACGAUCUCUAA